AUGCCCGAAUCAGCGCCGGCAAUAUGGGGAGGAGAUGAGAGUGUGCGGCCAGCCGGUCGUUCGGCUCCUCACAAAAUUGGAAAAACUGAGCGUGAGCGCGGUGAGGGGAGAAAGGGCCACAGAGACAAGCUGUUGCAAUGGCUCCCUGAGGAUGACGCACGGCUCCUAAGCAUGAUGGAGCAGUGCCGACCCUGGCCGGAGAUAGAGAGUUGUUUUCCAGGAAGGACGGAAUCGGCGCUGCGCCAGCGGGUGUCUACGCUUCGGAAACACGAGAGGGGAAUGCGUACAGCUGAACGCGCCGGUGUCACAGCAGCAUCUGCCAACCCGGAGGGCAGGUGA